AUGGAACAAAAAGCUCAUGGCGUUCUCUACUCGUCUAAAAAAUCACCGAACUUCGUAGUGAGGAAGAUAUCGAAGAAGGUUUCCGAGGUAAUCACUUGGUUUCUUUCUUCGUUGGUGUUCUGUUGUCCGAGAAAGUUAAUCGCUCCGAGAAAUGGAACGCGAUUUGAAGAACUGCCAAAUGAGAUUCUUCUCAAAAUUGUGGGAUAUUGUGACUUCGCAUCAAAAAUGAACAUGCGAGCGGUCAGUUAUCGUUUCUGUGCGUUGGUAGAAAAGAGUGCACAUGCAGUUCGACACAACCUUAUCGGUGGAGUUGAAAUCAGGCGAGGUGAUGGGGACGGUAACGAUAUCUUCGAUCUAGGUGACCAUUUCGGCGACUUUUAUGGGGAUGUUAGCUCAACAAUGCAUGCAAAGAGCGCUUCAGGUGAACAUCAUUCUUUCACGUGCUCGAGCUUUUAUGUAACGCUAUGUCGUCCUCUAAAGCGAAUGGAGCUUUUGGUUCCGGCCACCCGUCUUCCAAAUAUCAUGAGGCAUGUGUGCGUCUGCCAUUCAUUCAAGCUUUGUGGAAUUCCAUUAGAUGAGGGCUUGGCUUCAAAUAUUCUUGAUGCCUCGUUCAGAGCUGUUAACGACGUAGUCAUUGAUAGGGUGCACACUGUUACAGCCGAAACACUUGUCAAACUAGUAGACAAGCUACACCACAUGUUUGAUGACUCCGCUCUCGUGCGCCUCGUCAUCUCAGAUCAUGCAAUACGACGAAAUGUUCGCCUCCCUUUGUGUGCAAUUACUCAUCGUGGCAUUAGCCGCGCUGCUCAGGCCUUCUAUAAGCGGUGCUGUGAUGUUAUGGCUGAGGUCACUGCCGAAAUGCAUGCACCAAAAUGGGAAAUCUCUGUUUCUUUCCCAUCGUCCAUACUAAUCGACCGAAAUUUGAUCGAAGUUCCCAUUGAAAUGCGAGGACAGUUUACAAUUUGGAGUUUGUUCCCUCCAUACAACGACGGAUUCACUGUAGAGGUUCGCGUUGGUGGAAUGAAUCUCAAGAUCAUAGUGGAAUCAUCGUAA